CCCUGAACAGCCUGGUCGUGUCUUUCUCUCUCUGCCCUCGGCGUCACAUGAAAUGGCUCACAAACUCACGAUAAUCCUAUUACUCCUUGUUGUUCUGGCGAUAUGCUGCUCCAGCCAUGGUGCCUACGCGUUUGGAGCGGGAAACAUUCCAGGUUUCGCGUACAUGGAAGGGAGGGCAUUCAGGCACGGAGAUAUUGAAGAUGUACUUGCAGACUUGCUGAAGAAGGCUGGCGGCGGAUUUUCUCUCGGAGCCCUUGUAGGCAAAGGCGGAAGCAAGUUUGGCGGUCUUGAUAUCAAACGAGUUUAUUUCGGCAACUGGCUGAGAGAUUACAGCCAAGCGGUUGAUAUCGCAGGCUUGAAGAAGCUACCCUUACAAACGAUCAUCAACCUAUGUAUGGUUCUUGGCUUCCUUGCUCACGGCUACGUGACCGGUGAAUUCGAAGUCACCGCCGAACGAUUGGGAGUUUACCUUCCGACUGAGCACAUCGAUAAUCCGAAGGGUUACGGAGAGGGGGAAGAUGCGCGGAAAUAUCACCCAAAAUUGCGAGGCCCCGUCGACCCCCGAGAACUGGAAGUCGACCCUCGUACAGGAAUGAAGAACUACAUCGCCAAUGAAGCGGGGAGUUGGGACACAUCGAAAGCGCUAGUACGGCGCACUCUCGAGAGAUGUAUCCAUUUAGGCCGCCAACACCGCUCGCAAGGCAGGAAAGAAGAUGAAUACGAGGCUUACCGUCUUCUCGGCCAAGCGUUGCAUACGUUGGAGGACUUCCCGGCUCAUUCCAACUUCUGCGAGUUGGCGUUGGUUUCCCUUGGUCACCGCGAUGUAUUCGUGCACGUUGGAGACCAGGUCAGAUUACGCGCGCCGAACGGACAGCAAGUGGCGCCCCUCGUUACAGGCACCUUUGGUGGAAGCGAUUUCAUUCACAGUUUACUCGGAGAGGCUACUGAUCAUAUCAGUCAAGCAUCCGUGACAGAUCUGAACAAAGCCCUCGACUCGGCGAAAUCUCGUUCCGUGCAAGAUCGUGGUGGUUCGCCCGCGAACACACUACGAGAUCUCCUCUUCAAGUUGCCAGGCGCCGACAAUAGUGAGAUGUCCCGGGAGAUGGAUGGUAUUGAGCGCAUCCGCGCGGGGCCUGCACAAGGCGGCAAACGCCCAGAGGAUAUGAGUCCGCAGGAGAUGUACGCUGUACUGUGGCAAGUCUUGAGCUUCCGUGAUUCCGUCGUGAAGAAGAUCGAGAAGACGAUUGAGAAAAUACCCGGAUUGGGACCUCUUAUCGAGAAGCUCAUGGACUCCAUCCAAGUCUUCAUUUUCACCACGUUAGAGCCGUUCCUCAAACCUUUGUUGAAAACGGCGACUUCUGGCUUACAAACCGCAUCCGGUGAAGUUAUCGACACUCACGAUCAAUACGAGGUCUUCAACGAUCCUCGAGCUUCCGACCCUACACACUCCUUCCUUAGUAAAGAUCACUUCAAUCUUAUCCUGAACGAACCUGCUGGCAACUUGGCCAAAAUCAUCGUGAAACAUACGGCGAGCCUUGUCGUGAGAGCAUGGGACGACACGUCGAUGAACGUGCAGCACGUUACAUCGGACAUCCUGGAGUGUCUUUUCCACCCCGACUUUCACGACUCCAACUCCAAGAUUCAACGCGAAAUGCUACAAUAUAUGCGCGAUUGGUCACAAGGACACGGGGGCAGGACGGGCGACGUCAUACGCCGGUUGUCCAAGAAUGCCGUACGCAACCACGAGAAUAUCCGCCUUGCUGGAGAAGGUGGUGUUCCAGAGGCCCAAGGUACCGCGGCAUACAACUACGGCCAGCAAGCGCAGCAUGAUCUCCAAGGAUACUUGAACCAGAUCCCCGGAGUAUCGCAGGCUCAGCACUUCGUGGGCCAGUUCAGCAAUUCGGGUCCAGGUGGGCGGAGAGAGGGUGGUCCCUCCUUCGGGGAAGGCCCAGGUUAUACGCCGCCCCAAAGGUUCUCCUCCGCGCCUGUACCCUCCAGCGGAGAAUCGGCGUCAUACUUCCAAGGUGGAAGCAGCCAACCUGCGCCGCACUCGUCCUUCGGACAACCAGCGCCAUCCUUCCCGGGAAGCGAAAGCCCCUUCGCACCACCCGCUGGCGCACCUCCGUCCUCUGGACCUUGGUCGUCGCCUGCUGGUGGACCUUCGUUCCCAUCGGCACCACCUUCAAUGCCUUUUUCGGGCGCUCCUCCUGCACAAAGCGGUUACGCGCCGUCUUAUCAGCAAUAUCCACCAUCCUUCCCGGGUGCUGAGUUCCCUGGCGGCGGCGGCGGCUAUGGUGGAUUUGCCCCUCCUCCUGGACCGCCUGGGCCAGGUUUCCCCGGAGCAGCGCCGGGCUUCCCUGAUGCAGGAGGUCCUCCAGGCUUCCCUUCUGCUCACAAUCACGGGCAUCACGGACACCAUCCUCAUGGUCCUCCAGGCGGUUCAGGCUAUGGUGGUAGCGGUUGGUAAUGUGCGGCCUCGUUCAAUUUUGUCGGUGCUAGACAUGUGCAUGAAGCUCCGAACUCAAAGGAACAGCAUUGUAAGAAUUAAGCCUAGCUUCGGAGCGCUGUAUAUCCGCCACUGCCGGGAGAAUUGCAAUUGUUGUAACCACCUAUAUAUCAGAUUCUAUACGUUGUGUAUAUGUAAUGCAGUUCAACGUUCAACCCUCGUUUGGGUUGCUGGUCC